GGCAUUCUUUGUUUUUUUGCUGACCAUUAUCGCUAAAGUACUGCAGUGUGCACGCGUUAGGAAAUUCGUGUAAACCGGGGAAAACCAGACGUUAGGGUUUGUUAGGGUCAGGACAAUUCAGAUACUUACAUACAUAGCAACCAAUCCUCGCUUUGAAGUCCCUUGAUGAUCUUCAACACACUCUUUCUUUCAUAUUCUAUUCAGGUGCUACGACAAAUAUCGUGAUCAGCGACAAACGGCCCCGACUCUCCAUUCUUUUCUUUCUACUUUCCCUUCCCUGACCAUCCCAGCCUGUUUGGUCUGCAUUGUUGCAGGCAGAGCCUGCCCAGAAUGCGUUCUUUAGUGUUUCUUUCUGUAGGCGCAACUGCUGCCGGAUUUAGCUUCACCGGAGUUCCUUCCUCUGCGUCAACCAACCAGGCUUCAUCAGCAACCUUGAUUCGGGAUAGCAGCGACCCGACAGCUUUUAGUCUUCUGCUUCGAUUGACUUCGCAAAAUGGUGGUUCCACUAUUCAAGAAUUUUCGUCGGAACAGGAAACACACAUUCCGUUUAGUUUUACACCUACAGAAUCUGGAGUGUUUAUUAUAGAGGUCAUAUCUAACUUAUCACCAAUCUCCGAUACACAAGAACCGGACAAAAUUUAUGCCUCCAGCUCGAGUAUCAAUGUCGCGGCUGACAAUCAAGCUUCCUUACCAUCUUCGAUUUCGACUUCGAGCUCUGAAAAUGCAGGCACAUCGAGCUCUUCCCUAAUUUCAAACGCUGUGACCUCUUCACUCACUGCCAGCACCUCUCAAACGACGACUAGCAGCAACAACAAGUGAGUGCAAGUUCCUUGGCUUCGAACUGCCGCAAUUCAAUCAAAAUUUCGAAUUUUGGCAGCGGCAACACCCUCUCGACAACACCCUCUACGUCUACGCUUGUAACCAGCAACGGGUAGGAAUUCCUUUGUUAAUAAUCCA